AGGAAAAAGCAGGAGCCUAAAUGUGUCCUUAUUAAAAGUGUUCGCCUCUAUCUCUUCAUGAGGUGACACCAAACCUUUUCCUUGAUGAAUAUGAAUGACAAAAAAUCUAGAAUUGUGGAUAUCUGUUCAAGUCCAACGCAAUUGGACAGGGUAAAAAUUCGAACCCAAAGGAUUUUUAUUGGGUACGGGUAAAUUCGAACUCGAGUUCUCACAAGAACUCAUCCAUUUUACCCCAGAACACGUUAUAUUAGUUAAAAUCGGUUUCUUACUUAUCACUCACAAUUUUUGAUUUGAGGAUACUGAUCACGUCUAACUUUAGAGUUCUCAUAAAAACACCUUCAUUUCACCUCAAAUUAAUAUUAGUUUCUUACUCAUGAAGUACAAAUCUCAAUUCGUACUUUAACUAUGUGAGAUUUGCGUAUGUACAUUAUCCAACUGUAAAAAUGGUUGAAGAGAAGCAUCUUCCUUUCGUCCGUCCGUUCGUCCUUAAUCCUUCCCUCCCUUCGUCUAUCUAUUUGACCAUAUAUCUCUCUCCUCCUUCCGCUUCUCAGCCUUCUCUGCUCUUCCGCCCGCCCACGUAUGUUUCCGCCUUCUCUCUUGCCCUGACAUCACAACUGACAAGAAUUCGAGGGCUACUCGUUGAUGUUCCCUUAGAGAAAAUCAUCUUCGAUUUCAGUCACUUUUUGUCCUCUGUACAUUUCUCUCUCUCCUCCGUCGGUCUACCUUAGACAGAGCGGUGGCGGGUUACCUGUCUGGGGGACACUCAUAGCUAUGGGUAAUUGGAAGAAUCGCCCGUCUCGGAGAUGGCACUAUAAUCAAGAUAGACGACCUCCCAAAUCGUAUUACGAUUCUCACCCUCCUACUUGUCAAGAGUAUGUUGAGGAUGGUGUUCCUGUAUGGGAAAAGGAGUUCUGUUAUGCUGUUGGUGCAGUACCUUGGCAUAAGGUUGUAGAUGCCAAGAAGUUCUCCUACUGCCAAAGUCAGGUCCUCAAAUGGGACGACUCAGCCGGAAAAGAGGCAUUUCAUAAUGCCAAAAAACGUUACUGGGCAGUUAUUAAUGGUCUCCCAUGCGACGUACCUCCACCGGAUCCUAAUGCUUGUAUUGAUGAAAUAAAUUGGAAUCCUUAUAUUGACGCUGAACUGAUUCGAGAAUUGGAGCAAGAGUAUUUUGCUCCAGUUGAUGACGAGAGGAACUUCGGUAAUAGAAAGAAAAAGACCAAGAACUUGUUCUCUCAUCCGCUAGAAGGUUGUAGUAUGAAUCCUGGAGACGAUGCGGUGAACCCUUGGGGGGCUCAGAACUUUGUGCAAAUCAGUAGUGCUGCUGUCAAUGCUGAAUGUCAAGGCUGGGGGGAUCAGUGGGAUGAUAACCUGAAAGAAUCUAAUGAUUCAAAUAAAGCUGAUAAUAAUCCCUGGGAGAAGGCCUACCAUCAAGGAGAUGAAGCUGUAGACGGGAGCAGAGGCUGGCCAGUUUUAGGUGAUAAUUCAUUGGGAUGGAACCCUUCUUCUGUCUAUGUUGCUACAAAAUCGAAUGGUUGGGUGAAUGGAGGCAAUACUUGGGAGGGCAACGGUGAAGCUACUAGUAUCCCUUCUAAGACUGAUGGUUGGGGUGAAUUUCGGGAUGGGUCUUGGGGUGAUAAUCGAUAUCAUCCAGGAAGACUGAAAAGUGGUCAGCAACCUAGGGAAGGCAGCUUUGAAGCUAGUGGUACUCAGAAUGAUAGUGGAUGGAGAAAUAAUAGCAGCAGUCAAGCAUGGGUGAGGAAACAAUGGGAUGAACAUGCUGCUGAGGAAACCAAAAACUCGAACUAUAGAAAGCCAGGUUGGGGAACCUGGAAUAAGGAUUCCUGGAGGAAUGAUGGCGGCCAUCAAGAUGGAACAGGAUACAGCAGGACGCAACCUAGGUUUGAUGAUGGUAACUACGAAUAUCGAGCAGGCGGUCACCAUUGGAGGGGUAAGAAGAGGGUAAGUUUUGGUUAUAGCUAAGUAAAAGCAUUUUGUAGAGUAUAUAUAGAAUGUGCCCUUUUGUUAUGUGGGACGAGAGAGUGUCUUGUGUCUUGUGACUUUCCAUCUCCAAUUCUCCAUCAUCCAAGUAAGUGUUCACUGUGUGUUUAUGCUGAUCAUGACGCAGUUCAGCGUUCUGUAUUUGAUGUCGCAGUUUUGUCUGGUGUCGAAAUUCAUUAAACUAAAAUCAAAUAACCUGUAAUUUGGAUGACGGAAAGACGCACGCUUCCAUAGCUAUAACAAGUUGGUACGUUUUCGAGUGCUUCUUUCCACUUUUUUGUUCCAUGUUUAUUAGUAGGUUCCUCCAACUUAUAGACCUCUAAUUUAUUAUACGCUCUCGAGUUAGGUAACUAGUUCGUGGAGCAAGAGCGGGAGAGCUUUUAAUUUUCAAUAAUGUUAUUUUCAGAGCGUGAUAAAAGCAUUAAUAUUAUAUUAUUUUUAUUUAAAUAUUGUAUUAUUUAAAUAUUUUUAAUCAAUACCAACCACAAAAUGUAUAAUUUUACUAAUUUUUUCGACUAGUAGCGGAUCAACUCCCAUAUAAAUGAAUAUGAUUCUCCCUGCUAUCACUAAAAUAUUGUUUUAAACUUUUAAUUAGAAGUAGAAGUAAAAACAUUAUUUUUAUGGAAAACCUGGUUGUAUAUUGUAUUACAUGGAAACAGAAGGUUUACGACCCACAAAAGCCAACAGCUUCAAGAAUUGUGUACAAGAAAUGGAGUGGAUACCCAGCCCAGUCAUAUACAUUCCACGUCGGAGCCUAAUGACACAGAAAAUGUGCCACACAAUUCUGACGUCUUGGAGAACACUCGUCCUUCCAUCUCAGAUCAAGCUCUGUUCGAUCCUUAUCUCUGCAAAUCAGGAGGGAGAUUAGACACAUGCAAUCUGUCUCCACCGCUGAAGGCCCGAUGCCAUGCAUGUCGAUUCGGAUUUCGGAAGCUUAAAACCCGUCGCCAUGACAUCUGCGUGGUUUCAACUAACAAGAAUUCCCCUUGUCCUUCUUCGAGAAAGCUUGACAGAAGAAACCUCGAUCAUCUCAAAUAACAGCUGUCAAUUCAAGCUAUAAGAAACCCACCAGUGCACGCGACCCAUGGUUUGAUUGGCGAGGCUGCCCCUGAGUUUUCUCGUUCGGAUGCAUGGGACUACUAAUUCUUCUUUCUGCUAGCUGUCUGUUAAGUUUCUCACCUCUUUUACCUGUCCGAUCUCUUCCACCAACUCCGGUUCGAGCCAAGGCUUAUAGAUUGGCGGCAACAUGACUCUUGAUUCUUCCAUCUUGUCACAAUUUCCCAAAGAAAAGUUCAAUUAGAGAAGCCGAUGAAGAACUUGGUCCAGAUUGAGAGAAGUAUUUGAUGAUAAGGUGAGAUGAUAUCUAUCAAAAUCAAUAUUGUUUGAGAAGAUAAUCAAAAAAUGCUGAGAACAAAGAGAGUUCGCGCUCUGCAUUUCAAAGUUCGCGCUCUAGCUAGAUAUAAUUCGCGAAUUAUAAGCGAAUUUUCUGGAAUUCGCGAUUUGGCGGUUGAAAGCGGGAGCGCUACCGCGUAAGUGGCAAAUUGUAUAUCCUAACUCUCGAGGGAUGGAGGAACCUAUUUGAGAGAACCCUGCUUCUAAGGAGCAGAUCUUGUGAGUAAUCCCAUGCAUAACCCAAUAAGAAUCUGCCACAUCAACGUCUCCUUCUCCUUCCUGGAAAAAUCAUUAAUUUUCUUUCUCUUAAUCUUUAACGAAUGAUUUCUCACUCGUUUUAACUCGGAAUUUAAUUUUUUUUGCACAGUUAGAUCAGAUUAAUUGUUCUCUUCAAAAUGAUAUCCACUUUGAUAUUUUUUGCAACAAAAAAAAUUGCCAGUUAUUACCAGUCAAUACCAUAUGGUAUUGACUGGUAUUAAAUAACAGCAUAUCAU